CAUGUUCAUUGUACAGGCUGUUCUGAAAGAAUACCGCGGCUAUUAAGGUGAAGUCUGAAAUACGUGAUUACUUCAAAGUUGUUUAAUCAGUGAAAGACGACUUUUGUGUUCCGAUUUAGUUUGAUAUGUGUUAACCGGUUGGAGCCGCAUGUACGAAUGAUCGAAAAGUAACGGUUGCACGUUGUACAAAAUCGACAUCACCGUUGUCGGCUCAGGAAUUUGUUCGCUAGCACAGCUAGCUUUGAUAGCAAGCCACCUUGUGGUCCUGUCUUGGCAUUCUAGCCUGUAUUGUGGUAUGGAUUUUUAUCCAUAGACAGUUUCUAGUUUGAUCAGGAAUCUCGUUAAAGUGUAAUUUUAAUUGUAGUUCGCAUUUGUUUAAUUUGAGAAAAACAGCUUUCUAGUUAACGCUUGUCUGUGAAGGGGGGCAUUUUGGGAGGAGAAAAUAACGUUCUCAGUGGUUUUUACAAAAAACAUCCCCAAACCAACAAUCAUGAACGGGUUCAGCACUGAAGAAGACAGCCACGACGGCCCCCCAGCGCCGCCGUUUUACGGCCAGACUUGUUGUUUGAUUGAGGACGGUGAGCGCUGCGGACGAUCAGCUGGAAACGCCUCCUUCAGCAAACGGAUCCAAAAAAGCAUAUCGCAGAAAAAACUAAAGCUGGACAUCGACAAAAGCGUUCGACAUCUCUACAUAUGCGACUUCCACAAAAACUUCAUCCAGAGUGUCCGUAACAAGAGGAAGAGGAAGACCAGUGACGACGGAGGGGAGUCUCCGGACCAUGACGUGGAAGUUCCAGAGGUGGACCUGUUCCAGCUUCAGGUGAACACGCUGAGACGCUACAAGAGACACUACAAGCUGCAGACCAGACCUGGCUUGAACAAGGCCCAAUUGGCUGAGACUGUCAGUCGUCACUUCCGGAAUAUCCCGGUGAACGAGAAGGAGACUCUGACCUAUUUUAUUUAUAUGGUGAAGAGCACCAAAAGCCGACUGGACCAGAAGUCGGACGGUAGCAAACAGCUGGAGUAAAGGCCACCGAUUUUAACUUCCCAUACCAAGACUUGGACAUGGACACGUGUGUUUGAUAACAAGGUGUUUUUCCGACAGGCAGCCAAAACUGAUCUUAAGACAGUUGUUGAGACUCCGCAGGGUAAUGUAAUGCUGUAAUGUGAAUAUGCUGAUAUGUACAAAAUGCACAGAUUAUGAAGAAAUCAGCAAACGGUAGAAUGCAAUGUAUGAUAACUGCCUUAAAGGUGUUUGUGUUUUUUGUUUUGCGUCGACUGUUAACAACUUUGAAGAAGAAAAAUGAUGGGUUUGUGCCAAACCAGGGUGUGCAAACUUAAGAUAUCAAUAAACUGGACAGGGUGCAUUUUGUGAAUGAAAAGAUCAUUUAAAAAAAGGUUUUAGGAAGCGUUGUACAUUUUCCCUGUUGUCCAGCUAGUACUCAUUCUGUUAUCCGGUGGUGUGACAUGCAUGUGAAGACUGAGGAAGUUGAAUGAUGUAGCAUUUUGGCAGACCCUUUCACAUUUUUAUUUUUCCUCUCACUCAGACUUUUCCCUCUCCCUCUAUCUUCUACACUGAAACACACUCAGACUGAAGUGGCGUUUCAGUUAAAAAAAGGUUAUUUUCAAAUAUUGUUGUCGAUGUUUUUUUUUUAUGUUUGUUUUCUUUACCCGCUACCCUUUUUGUGAUAAAUAUAAGAACAGUACUUUUAGUUCAUCCUUGAUUGUAAGAUUUCUAUGUGAAGUUGUGUUUCUGGUAGGAGUAACUAUUUCAACAAUUGUUUUUAGAUUUGCUUUCAGCAAUUUGAGACUAAUUUUAAGCAAUUAAUUAAAGCUGUGUUCAUUAGAGUGGGAAAUGCCCUAUUAUCACAAUAUGUUAUUUCCAAAGCAAACGUUGUUGCGCUACUAACACAGGCACAAUAUAGAAAGUCUCAACUUGAGAGCAAUGAACUGCAUGUGAACCACCUAAAUUACUUUCAACAGUGCACAAUGAGCACUGGCUGUACCUUUUUGCUUUAGUGUUUACAAUAUGUUAGUUCUAUUCUAUUGGAAUGUAUUUCUGAGGAAUCAUGUCACCCUGGACUUGUCAAGUCCAUUUCCUUUCCUGGUACAGUGUUGAAAUGAUGUGUGUCUAGUGGAUCACAGUACCAAUUAUAGUCACUGGAGGAAGAUGGGAGUUGGGUUUUGUUUCCUCUGUGUCACUAAUUAUGAGUUUCUUCACUUCAACACCACUGUAUGUUCACUGGUUUGUUUGAGUCAGUGGUCUCUCCACAGAUGGUAUGCCUUUUUUUUAGUAUUGAAUUGUUUAAAUUUUCCCUGUCCUUAUUUAAGUCCCAAGAAAUAAGUCAUGUCUGCUGCGUUCCAUGUUACACCAUCAGUUAGCCGUGUCGGGUGUGUCAUUGCUGAAUUAUCGAUGGCUUUUCUUUUUCUUUUUUUUGUUGCUUGUAGCCUUGUUAGCACCAUAUAGAGUUCCCCUCUUGAACAUAUUGGCUGUGCUGCGUUAAUACUGUAUUGGCUGUGCUGCUUUAAACCUAACUGUUGUAAUAGAUAAUACGUGUAUUUAAAUAUGGCUGCGUAUUGCUUUUAAUAAACGUAUUGUACAU